UUCAUAUCUUAAACCUCAAGUCUUGAGGAAUAAAAAUUAGAAUUUUUCUACCAUACAUCUGAAUUCAACACUGCCAUGGUUCUCCAUCUUAUCUGCAUCUCCUUUUCUUUGAUCUUUGCGCGUAUUCUGCGUGGCUUUUAAUCUUUCAAGUGAUUCAAAAUAGAAUGAAAAGUAGAUACUCCUUCUGAUGCUUGCCAGGAAAAUGAACAGCGAAUUCAGAAGUUUGUAUAUCUGCUAGCUAUUCUUGUUGGGAUUGUAGAUUACUUCGUUUGUAAAUGAACACUCAGAAGAUUGAUUGCCAAGAACAUUUAGAGCAGAACCUUGGAUUCAGUAGGGUCUGCAAUUUUGAAUAUGUUAAUCAUGAUGGAUUUCAACAGCCUUGGAACAUGGGAAUCCGGAUUCAGGCACCUGCCACGGAGGGAGGGUUACAGCAGGAAAACCCAGGAGCCGCUAAAACAUCCAAUACAAUUAUGAGUGGUUUUCUGUCUCCAGCGUCUGCUUUUUAUGCAACUGAAAGAUGCAUGGGGUUUUCCGAGUACGGGUCUCAAGGGGAUAGAUCUUCUUACACCUCCCAAUACAACAAGAGCUGCAAUUCUCAGUUACCUUCAUUUCAUGCUUCAGGGGAUAACUUUUCCAUUGAAUCUGUUGCUCAAGAUGAAACCAACUAUGAGCUGAGAAAUACAUUUGAGUCACUAGUAAAGUCCCAAAUUUAUUGCAAUCAGUACCAGAAGUCCUCUGAAAAGUCCUAUAAGAUUCCAUGCAGCAAUUCACAAGGGAGCCAGGUUUCCCCUCAUGAUCAAACUAACUUUCUUGGAAACAAUGCUGUCACUGUUGGGAGUCACUAUUCGGUUCCUUUCCGAGUAAAUCAGGAUCAAAGAGCUUACUGCAACUCAUAUCGCUCUCCGCUUGCACAAGUAAGCAUCUUUCAGCAAGGGAAGCAGUCUUCAAAUUGUUCUUCUGGAACCUUUUCUGUUUCUUCUGGCAACUCUGUUUCGACGGGGGCAGCACUUGCUAGUAAAACCAGAAUAAGGUGGACACAGGAUCUUCAUGACAAGUUUGUGGAGUGUGUCAAACGCCUUGGCGGCGCUGAGAAGGCAACUCCAAAGGCAAUUCUCAAACUGAUGGAUACAGAAGGAUUGACCAUCUUUCAUGUCAAAAGCCAUUUGCAGAAAUAUCGUAUCGCAAAAUACAUGCCAGACUCUGCUGAAGGCAAAUCAGAUAAAAGAAGUAGUACAAAUGAUGUAACUCAACUGGAUGUCAAAACUGGGUUGCACCUCACAGAGGCAUUGCAGCUUCAGUUAGAUGUGCAGAGGCGUCUUCAUGAACAAUUAGAGAUUCAGCGAAAUUUACAGUUGCGAAUUGAAGAACAAGGAAGGCAGCUUAAGAUGAUGAUUGAUCAGCAACAAAAAACAAACGAAAGCCUCCUAAAAAAACAAGAUUUGGACAUCACACCCUUUGAUCAUGAUCCAUCAUUUAGCCUCGAAGACGUGGAGGUCUCUAUUGCAGAAAGUUCAGGAAAUGCUCACUUCCCAUCCAAGAUAAGUUAGACCAUCUCCAAAGUUCAUGUCAGAGAAGGCCGUGUACAAAAAUACAAGCCUUCAUGGCAUGUCAAACAAAUUAAGCCCACCACUUCCUUUCUGCAGAAUCCAGAGCAAGAUUGUAAAACAAAUGAAUGCAACUAAAACAUACAAAUUCAAAAGAGUUUCACUCAUGAAUCGUGCCUUGAAGAGCUUGAACAUGCUUUUGUGUAUUCAACUAUUUGUGCACAUCAAGCUCGUACAGAGAACUAUGAGAAUUUUAAGUGCCAUAGGGUAGGCCAUGGAAUUCUUUUUUGCUUCUUCUUUGUAUUAGCUUGCUUUCAGUCAAUUCAAUACCUUUUAUGUGAGAAAGUUAG